UUCAAGAUGGCGGUUCCGAAAGCGAAAGGCUAUCGUCCCAGAUGCUUUUUCGAUGUUGAAAUUAACGGCUCGCUAGUUGGCAGGGUAAUUUUUGAACUAUUUGCUGAUAUUUGCCCAAAAACUUGUGAUAAUUUCAGAGCAUUAUGUACAGGAGAAAAUGGGCUAAGCAAGGUUUCUGGGAAAACUUUACACUACAAAGGGUCACCAUUUCACCGGGUUAUUAAGAAUUUUAUGGUCCAAGGAGGAGAUUUCACCAAAGGUAAUGGAACAGGAGGGGAAUCUAUUUAUGGAGGAAUGUUUGAUGAUGAAUCUUUUGAAGCUAAGCAUGAUAGGGCAAUGUUGUUAUCAAUGGCUAACAGGGGCCCUAAUACCAAUGGAUCACAAUUCUUCAUAACCACUCAACCCACUCCUCAUCUGGAUGGGAUCCAUGUGGUAUUUGGCCAUGUACUUCAAGGACAUGAGGUGGUAUCAGAAAUUGAGAAUCAAAAAGUUGAUGACAAAAGUCGUCCCCAAGUUGAUGUUAAAAUCGCCAACUGUGGAGAGCUUAUUCCAAAAGCAAAGGCUAAAGCUAUGGCGAAAAAAGCCGAGAAGAAAAAAAAGAAAAGGAAAGAGUCCAGCACAGCUUCUGAGUCCAGUUCAGAGUCUGAUACUGAUUCAGAGGGUGAGUCCUCAUCUGAUGAGAAACGAAAGAAAAAACGGUCAAAGAAGAAAAAGAAAGAAAAGCGGAAAGAUUCUGCUAAAAAAAAGGGAAAAAAAAAUAAGGCAAAGGAUAAGAAAAUGAAGGAAAUGAAAGAUGGUUCAGAUAAUGAGAAAUCCCAGAAGAGCCCAGAGCCUUUUAGUACAGUAGCUGCAGAUGAGAUCCCGGAUGUCCCUAACAACUCGUUCUUGUUUAGAAGAAGCCGCACUCCGAGUCCUGUUAGGGAAAAAAGGAUUGCAGAAGGGAAAGACAGGAGAAGCAAGUCUCCGACAACAGAAAAAACGUCUCUUCGUAAGAGCAGGGUUUCCCAGUCUGGAAGGAUUCUUCGAGGCAGAGGAAACAUGCGAUAUCGCACACCUCCACCCUCCAAUGAAUCCAACAGUAGCGUGACACGAAUAACUCCACCAUGGAAUCGUUCCCUUCAAAGGCGAUCAAGGUCUCCUCCACGACGUGCGAGAUCUCCACGCGGACGCUCAAGGUCCCCACGAGACUCGUCUAGAUCUCCACGCAGAAGAGUUAGUCAUCGCUCUAAUUCUCCUCGAUCCUCGCGAAGAAGAUUUAAGUCUCCGCAAAGAAGGUCGAACUCUCCUCGAAGAAGCCCGAAGUCUCCACGAAGACGCUCCAGAUCUCCCCAGAGAGAGCUUGAGAAAGAGUCUCAGGCAAAGCAGGAAUCGUCACUUAAAGAAAUAUCAAAACAAACUGACCACUCAUCUCCUGAUCAUACAAACCCUAGCAACUUAACAAGGACUUAUCGGGAAAGAGAUAGCGGCAAAAGAUAUGACAGCGAAGACAGCGAGCCAGUGACCCCACAUAAGAACAGCUUUAAAAAAAGAGAGAUUGAAGAACAUGGCACUACCUCUCCAGUCACUGAUUCCUACAAACAGGUAAGAAACCAAAAGAAAAGGGGACUGAAGUCGAGCAGUAGCAGUGAUAGCGAUGAACAACAAGGAAAUGGUAACGACGGCGUUUUAUAUUUGAAAAGAAAAAGGGCCAAUCUUGAAUUAAGAUCACACUCGAACAGCACAGGACGACAUUCAAGGAGUGAAACACGUGAUUAUGUGGAAGAUAGCAAAACAAAGCAAUCUUUAAAUGAAGAAGGGAGGAUAGGUCACACAGACGGACCAAACGUCUCGAUUAAACACGAUGAAGGAAAGAGAGAGUACGGAGAGAGUAAUAGAGAUUCCGUUCCUCAGAACAGACAACAAUAUAAGGAAGACAAACAUACAAACAGUGAUAGUUCUUACAGUAGUGAUAGCGAUAGCGAUGAUUCUAGUGAGAGGAAUCGGAAGUCGCGUCAUCGGCAUCAUCGUCACCGGCACCAUCAUCACCGGCAUCGUCAUGAUCGUGAAAGGAAUUCUUCUCUAUGAGUAAAGUAAGGCUGAUAAACUUUAUAAGAGAGAUGACAUGUCCAUGAGAACUAAUUUGUAAUGUUUCCACGAGCUUAUCGCGGAAUGCAACCUCCUCGAAGUCUUGAUGCAGCCGAAAGAAGAGAGAACUAACAAGUUUAUCGAUUCCUGCUUGGUGUUUUUUAGUGGUAAAAACAAAGAAGAGCAGGGAAUGAGAAAUGGUUUCUUCACGUAGUAAUAAAACUUAAACCCCGCCUCCUUUCCGUACGUAUUACUGUUCUAGACUGUGAAAUUAUGAGCUAUUUUUGCUGAAUCGUUCCUUCAGGCAAACUUUGAUGUUUUGCUUUCAGGCUAAUGAUCGCGAAGGAGUCUUUGUAGCCCUCACCUACAGGUUAGACAUAAAAUUGCUAUGUGGUAUCUUACUUGUAGCAAGGACGGCUAUAAUGUAUUUAAAUGAAGAUAUUAAUAGCCAAAUGGUCUUGUUUGAAGAGAGAACAAAUCUGUUUGGUUGUAAACAAAGUUGAUACUAGCUGAUCAUUCUUAACAUGGGUCAACCGUCUUCUUUGGCUAGGUCACUAAUGGAUUUGUUAACUGCUGUUGGACACGCAGUAUUGUUUUAAAAUCAAUCUAGUAAAAAGUACGAUAAAUUACGAGUGACGACGACUACCUUUGUUUGAAAAAGUGUUUCACUCUUCUUCUCAAGUAAUUUGAUUUGGAACGUUUCAUGCUUAGGGAAAUCAAGAUGCUAAUAGAUAUUGAGUUUUGUUUACUUCACUUCUGUGGUUUGAAGUGUACUUGGCAUUUGACGCUUCAAUAGCGCCGUGUUCAGUCUCCAUCUCUUUUCCUGCAUGGUGUACAAAUACGCUGUACGGGAAAAAAAAGGUUUAAGUAAUUUUAAUGUCAAGACUAUUAAAAAAUUAAGUCUGGACGA